CGACGGGAGGCGACUCGCUGCCCACUCUCAUAACCAUUCGUCAAAUUCCAGGAGUCCAGGAUGGACAGUAUAAAAUCGCGCGGCUCCUGCGGUAUCCAGUCAGUUCCUGCAGACGAUCCCACGAUGAAACUGUCACUAGUUCUACUUAUUGUGUUCGUUUCAGCGCUCUAUUUCGAAAAUUCCUUCUGCGAGGACCUCCGAAUAACGGGCAACGAAGAUGAGAAGAAGAGCUUGGUAGAACCGCAAAGGCCGAACAAAUACGCCCCGCUGUGGUUCGGGCCGAGGGUGGGAAGGAAGAAGAGGAACCUCGUAGAGGAAGAGAACAAGAAUUUCGAUAGGGAGGAAAUGGAGGUUUUGCUGGAAUUCAUCAGGAAGAGUCCUUGGACGAUCAUGCUUUUCGGAAAUGGAGGAAGUCGUCUAAUAAAUUACAAUCCCAAAGAAGAUCGUGGGUUGUAUGACGAUGAUGAAUUUACCGAAAUGGUACAAAGAUCCAUGUUUGCUCCGAGAUUAGGACGAUCGGCCUUCUAUCCUCGAUUAGGACGCGGUAACUCUGCCAUGGACUGAAUUUUAGUACUUAUUUUAUCUGGAUAAAUA